AUGGGGAACGCGAGGAUACCUCACAAGACCCUGCCUGGCAACAACAGUGACCCGACAAGGGCCCAAAGCACAAAGGAGCUUGAGCCGGGAUGGGACGGCCACCCUCCCGGUCUGCAAGGGCAACCACUGGGGCACAAAUCUGGGCCAAGAACAACCACCCUGCCGUGGAAUACCUACCGAGCGGCACCCCACAAGAUGGCCGCCGCUCGCAAGCCAUGUGCGCGACCGGCCAGCAUGACAGAGCCGAUCGCAGAGAGGACCACCCAGCUAGAACAAGGCAAGUCCAGCGACAAAAACAUCUACCACAGCAGGGGAAAGAGUGGGGCUGAAAGAGUUACUAAACCCUCUGACCGCAACCGACGACCCCUGGGGUAG